UCACAUAUUAUUUCUCCCAACUGCGCCUGCUCAGUAAACAACCUGUUGUGCUCAGUACAAAAUAAAACUCUACAGACAGAACACCACCAGAAACACAACCACCGCAACAGAAUACAAUACUGACAUUUAUCUCACACUGUCUGGCCAUCACGUCAUCCAUAUUUAUUUCAACUCAGCAAGAAUUAUUUCGUCAACCGAUACCAAAUAGAACCAGCCAUGUCGAUCGAUCUUUUCGGGGGUAAAUGGAAGCAAGACAAUGUAUUGCCUGAUAAUUUUGUAGAGUUUAUGAACGCUGCAGGUAUUAACAAGAACGUGCAGGACCAAGUUUCCCAAAUUCGCUACAUCAAUGAAUUUGAGGCUGAUGGAGACAAUUGGGUGUAUAAGAUCUCUGUUCAAGGAAUGCCAGAAACGAAAAAUUACCCCUUCAAAUUCGAUGAACCUUAUUCAUCCACUGAUUUAUUUGGUUCGCCUUUCAAAUGUGUGGUGACGAAACUUGCUGACAACAAAAUACAGGAGACUAUUACCGAAUCGAUUGGCAACAAAAUGGUCGUAGUCAAAACGGUCGAGAAUGAUAGUACCAUGAGUACCGUAACAACAGCUGGAGAUGUGUCAUGUAGAAUAAAGUUUACAAAAAUGUGAAAAUUCUAAUAAAGCCAUAAUAAAAGAACUCGAUAUCAAAAGAA